UUGUCCAAUAAUAGUUUGAUGGGCACCUUGCCAGAGUGUUUGAUGAGCUUUAGCAAAGAUCUCUCUGUGCUCAACCUUCGAAUGAACAUGAUUCAGGGUGUGAUCCUCGGAAAAAUUGCUCGGGACAGCAGCUUAAGGACACUUGACUUCAGUCAGAAUCGAUUUGAAGGGACAUUGCCACGAUCCUUACUUCAAUGUAAAAGCUUGGAAGUUUUGGAUCUCAGCAACAACAGAAUGGAGGAUACGUUCCCUGAUUGGUUGGAAAUGCUUCCCAAGCUACAAGUCCUUGUUUUGAGGUCCAACAAGUUCCAUGGCUUUGUGAGGAGUCCUAGAGCAGCUCGCCCAUUUCCUGAAUUGUGCAUUUUCGACCUGUCCAACAACAAUUUCAGCGGUCCAUUACCUAUUAGAUAUAUUAUGAAGCUCACUGCCAUGAUGAAUCGGGAAAAAGGGCAGGGAAAGCUGCAAUACAUGGGAGGCUAUGGUUAUCAAGAUUCAGUCAUGGUGACCAUGAAAGGAUUGGAGAUACGCCUGGUGAAAAUUUUAACUAUAUUCACAAAUAUCGACUUAUCGAGCAACCAUUUUGUUGGGGAGCUUCCCAUGGAGAUUGGAAGCCUGAAGUCACUCAAAGGGCUAAACAUUUCUCACAACAAUCUUACAGGCUAUAUCCCUCUAUCUACUAGGAACUUGACUGAUCUUGAAUGGCUAGACCUCUCUUCGAACCAGUUCAUCGGAAGGAUUCCUCAAGAACUAGCGAAUUUGACAUCUCUUGCAUUCUUGAACCUCUCGGAGAAUCGGCUCAUCGGACCUAUUCCCCCGGGACCGCAAUUCACCACAUUCAAGAGCGACUCGUUCGCCGGUAAUCCUGGAUUAUGCGGAUUUCCAUUGCCGGAGACAUGCGAGAGCGGUUCACGGGAAACUCCACCGGAAACCAUCCUGCAGGAGAAUGAUACAGAGCAUGGAGGCUGGUUUGAGUGGAGAACCAUAUUGAUGGGUUAUGGGUGUGGAACCGUGGCUGGAAUUUCUCUGGGAUACAUCAUUAUCGAUUCCGGGAAACUCGAACGGCUUGCGGGAUUGUUUGACGGGAAAGGAGCUAAAAUGAGAAGGAAGUCAAAGAGGAAUGCUCGGAGAUCUUACCAAAGAUGAGAAUCUCGAUUGUUUGACGGGAAAGGAGCUAAAAUGAGAAGGAAGUCAAAGAGGAAUGCUCGGAGAUCUUACCAAAGAUGAGAGUCUGGACUGUUUGUUCUUUGCAUUGUGAGAUAAAGAAUAAGUCUGUUGAAACUUUCAUAAGAUAGAUAAUAUGCUUAUUACUUUG